AUGUUAAACAGUCAUCACGAAGAAAACAACUCGGAACCGAUAAACGACAUCAGCCACGUUGAAAUUCAUCAUUCGGAUCCAACUAUCGGUACCAUCUUGAGCAAAACUAAGAGGUCAGACAAGAGAAAAAACUCAAACCAAAGCACUCAAAACCCAGUCCCAACACCAUCAAGAACAAAGUAUGAAGAAAAAUUACCCUUUCCAAGAUUCGGAGAGAAGCUAGACCAAAAAGCAACUCUUCCUAAAGAACAAGUCAACGAAAUGGUAAAUGAACGAAAGAAUAUUUUGUUUAGUUUGUUAAAGGUAGACAGACAAAGAAGAGAAAAAGAUAUUUCUAUUGGUGAAUUCAUUCCCGAGCUUAAUGCAGUGAAAACACUUCAAAUGAAAGGAAAAAUUGGCAGUGAUAUGGGAUUUUCUGUUCGAAAAGAAAAUCUUUGUGAAAGAAUACGAAAUAAUCCAGCUGUUUAUGUUGAAGGGCUUGAUGAAAAACUAAUAAUAAGGCAAGAUUCGGAAAAUGCCUAUAGAUUUUUGCACAUUGAAGAAGCCCUCUAUUUAAUAGAUAUUGGUGCAUUGAUAUUAAUUUUUGAAAAGGAGCCAUAUCAGUUAUGCAAUUUGUCAAUUCAGGAAAAAAAAGUAAUCGCUCGAGUUGGACAUGUAGUAGCAUCAAUUCAAGAAGCAUUUGCUUUAUUUAUUCGUCAUUCAUCUAUUUCAAAGCACUUCUUUAGAAAUCCUGAAGAUCUGAUAAACUCAUUCCUAGCAUAUUCAUAUCUUAAGAAAUUAGGAUUUUCCAUUCAACGACAUGACAAGGAUAGAGAGGAAAAAAUGAAGACCAAGCUUGAACGACAAAAAAUGAAAAAAAACCAAAAAGAAGAGACCAAGAUUGAGGACUCUACACAUGAGAAUGUAUCAACACAGGAUCAGCUACAACACCCAAGAACAGAAAAUGAGAAAAAGAAACGGAAAAUAGAUAGUAAUGAGAAGUUAGAAAAAACUCCAUUACAAUCCUUUGACACCCCAACGCCAAUAAUGCCAAAGAAAAGUAGCACUAGAGUUUUAUGGAGCACUUUUGAUUGGUUUUCACAACAACAAGUGAGUGAGGACUUUGAAACAAAUGUUAUUCCUCUCGCUUACAAUCUUGAAUUGAAAGACGAACAAUUAUUGGAGCAACAACUAUUAUUUGACACGCUGAAUAUUAUUAAGAGUGGGAUUUACAUUUCGCACGACAAGAGCAUCAUCACAACAGACUCCUCUCUUCGAUCAACUCUGGGGUCUUCAAGUCAUAGCAGCAUGGGUUCAUCUGAACAAAUUAUGUUUGAUGUUUGGAAACCUGGAGUAAGCUUUAAUGAGCCUCCUUCCAUGAUUAUUAUUGUGACUUCUUUUUCCAACAGCACUGUUCCCACAAUUAACGAUAUUUUCAAAGUGGGCGAACAUGGUUCGAACCAAAUCCCAAUUUUUCAUUGUGUUAUUGGUGAUGGUGGCUCUGUCAUGUUUAUGAAUUUAUGUCCAUGCGAAAUUGAAAAUCUGUACUUGACUUCUCCAACCAACCACGGUAGCUUUAAGUGA